GAGGUUGUCAUGUGCGGUGCUGUGGUGUGGUAGUUCCCUUUAACUUAAGUUCAUUGCCAUCUGAUCGAUUGAUCGUGAUCUUAACAGCAGGUUUGAAUGUCUUAAACUAUCCUGUGGAUAAUAUUUUGUUGGGAUUGUGAAAGUCAUUAUUUCGUUAUUGAAAAUAUACCGCUAUUUUUGUCCAUGCCUUAGUCUCUGUUCACUUUUUUAUAAAUCGAUUUUAAUGGCAGUUCACAGAAUAUUCUUUAAUAUUCUUAUUAAAUGUUACAAUCGAAAGGAAUGAAGUCUGCGACAUUCCGGUUUGUGCUGUGUAGGAUGCUUAAAACGGUGUAUUUUCUGCUUUAAGAGUAUUUACCGCACAAGAGUUUUCAAGAAUCAUGGAUGUGCCAAUUCUUCUCAUACACAGGAAUGAAACGUCUUUAAUACUGAAUACAUGAUUGCCGAGAAUGGUCCGUCCCUCUGGUGACGAGUCAAGACAAUUACCCAUUGCUGAAGUGAAGCCAGAUAGCUGGAGUCACAACAGUCCAGAAAAUUCUUCAAAAAAUGACACUGUAACGCUCACAAAGACACAAUUUCAGCAAAUUUUAGAAGCUAUCGGACAAUCCUCUGUUUUAAAUGGAGGUGAGAAAAUUUUUACUUGCCAAGAAAAUCCUCAAUAUUCCCCUGCCAAAAGUUAUUCUGAAAAUAACCAUGAGAUAAAAAGUGAAGCUGAUAGAAAAGAUAAUGGAAAUAACAGCAUAUCUACAUCAUCGGAAGAAUCUUGUCAUCAGCUACAGGUGCCUUGUCCCCUCGAUGUUGUAAUCUCUUGUCCAGCUUCUCUGAGUUGGUCUGCCCCUCAAACGACUACUGUCUCGCCAACAAAAUUAUCUCCUCUCAGCAAAGUAGAACAGAAACGCCUGCAGUGGGAAAAAGAACGAGCGGAAAUGAUAGAUUGGAAUCCUUGGGGUAAACCUGGUGCCGGUGCUCCUCCAAAGAAAACUCAAGUGGUGGCACCUAUUACAACAAGGACUAACAAUCAGCUUUUAAUGGUGCAAACAUCAGGUGCCAUGCCUUACACCAGUUCUGUGCCUUCUGGAGUUCCAAGUUGCCUUCCAUCACCUAACUGUAGAAUUUUGCCCAAUGCGUUAGAUCACAGUACAUUUUUGCCCAAUAAUUACACAUCUGUUGCUCAACCAAUUAAACCUGUACCUCCAGUUUUUAAAAGCUCGAUUGCUUUUGGGAAUUCUGAGAAUGAAUUAGUUUCCAGUGAUAGUUAUAAAAGAGAACAGUGGCUGAAGGAAUUAGGUUAUCAAAGAGAAGAACAAAGGCGAUAUCAAGAACAAAUUCAAAUGUCACAAAUGUCUGAUCAUCAUUGGAUUAAUAAAGAAGACACAGAAAGUAUAUCAAUUUCUGUUGAUGGUUCCAUUCUACCUGGAGCAAAUGAUAUACCCAGACGAAAUUACAUGCGAGGACAAGGAUUUACCUUAGAUCCGGUAUCUGCUGCACUUGCAGAAGAACGCAGAUUAAAGGCCCAGGAAUACCAACAUGCUAUACGUAUGCAGAUGGAAGAGAAACAACGGAGACAGCAAGCUGAAAGAGAGAGAAAGAAACAAGAGGAAGAAGCAGAAGAGAGGAGGUUGGAGGCAGAAAGAGCUCGCAUACAAGCAGAAUAUGAAGAGGAGCAGCAAAGGUUAAAACAAAAGGCUGAAAUAGAGGAAAAGAAGCAACAAGCUUUAAUUUCGGCUAUGCAAAUUGCUCAAGCUCAAGCUGAAAUGGAGAAAAAGUCUAGAAAGAUCCAGAAGCUUCUUCCAAUGCAACCUGAAAAUCAUCAAACAGUCACACCAACUACAAGAAAGAACGAGGAGCAGACUGAUUCAUUGUCCAAUAACAUGGAAACACAGCUAAAAUUAGAAAAGAGUGAAAAUGGUGCUAAAACAGAAGAAACAAACUUUUCUACUCAGCAAAACAAUGCAGAGAAGGAAAAUUCCCAUUUAACAGAAUCCGAUUGUGAAUGUGUCGAGAAAAAAGAAUUAGGAAUACAAACUGUUCCUUUGUCUGACAUUGAAAAGAGUUCUUAUGUAGUGGACAGAGUCUUAACACCAUCCAUAUUUCGAGUCAGAGCAAGGGCUGGUCAUGCAAGAGAAUUUGGAACACAGACAGAUAUUCACUAUGGAAAAUAUACAGGAGAUGAUGCAGAGUCAACUGAAAGCAACACGAGCUCCUUUCACAGUCCGGUUGCCGCAAAACGUCUUGUUCGUGUCCAGCACAGUAAGCCGUACAAAGCACAACGCAGACCUCAGUGUAAUGAAAGUUCGUCCGUCAGCGAACGUCCCAAAUGGGGUGUUAACCAACCGUCCAAGUCCUACGUGAGAAUGACUGAAAGGGACCCUCAUUUUACGAAAAGGAAAAAGAUGCAAGAACUCCGCAAACAGCACUGGGCAAGGGAACUUGCAGCUCAAAAGGCAAAUGAAUCAUCGCGGAAGUCAACCCUCUCAUCAUAUCCAAGUUUGCGCGGCAGAAGAGCUGCGAGUAGCUCUGACUGUACGUUAGGUUAUAGUAGUUCAGAAUUUGAAACAAGAUCAUAUCACCAAUUCAGAAGCAACUCAACUCCUCGCUACCAGCAACCAUCCGGUUUCCGUUCAGACUGUGGCUCUGCCGAAACUAUCGCUUACUUUAACUACAGCCCAUCCAAUCACAACAGUCGUUUCUCAAGAUCCUUUCUUCACCGUAGAGACUCACAAAGCUCAGACAAUCUUCCAUCCAUCAUUGGUGGCUCUGAGCCAUCACCAUCUCGUCGCAUAGACAGGUUUGCUGCCCCGUCCUAUGGAGGAAGCAGUCUUCCCCCCAUGCGUCGCAAGUGGCACAGCCAAGAGAGUUUCCAUCCCCUUGGAAAUUACCACAUAUUUUCUCCCCCCCAUGUACCUGGUGUCUAUCCACGUAUGAUUGGUGAAACAUUUCGUUACGAACUGCCACCCCCGCUUACCACCCAGCGACGGAAGUGGAGCGAUCAAGAGAGUUUUGACUUGGAGAGUGUGGUUCGGUCUAAAGUUGCAGAAGGUAGUAGAGCUUCGUCGGCAGAAAGCAGUGGGAAAAGUGAGACUGCUUCUGUGUCGUCUGCUGGAAGUUCGAAGCCUAAAUCACCUUUAGCUCAGAACCCACUUGUUUGCCCAGAAGUUGUAACUGGGAGGCCCACACCACGUCAGGAUAGAAUAUUACAGAAUUUGUCAUCUCUAAGACAGGGUCUGAUUCAGAAACAAAAGGAAUUGGAAAGUUUAAUCCGCCGUCCUCCUCCUUUUUACUCUUGAUGAAACUUCUCUAUAUCCAAUUUCUGUACAGCAAUUUUAAUACAGAAUUUUAAAAUCAUUCAGAUUUUAAAUUAACUGUGUUGUAUGCAUAAUGCAUAUACUGCCAGAUUUUGAUCUCAAAUGCUGUGCCACUUUGUAGUCUUGUAUUUGUAAAAUCUGCAGUGUGUGUUCGUUGAGGUGCAAUUUGUGCAAUAAUAGUUAAACUGUAAAGAAAUGCUAUAAUUCCAAACAUUCUUCUGAAAUUCAUUAUUUGACAGUUGAUUAUUGCAAUCAAAAAAUAUCCAGAUUUUUAAAAAAAUCAAAUAUAUAUUUGCAAACUACUUAUAUAAACAUCUGGCAAUAUUCAAUAUUUCAUUUCAUCGUCUGAAAACCGGUUGUUUUAAUGUAAUAAAGAUUUUUAUUUUGUUCUGUUGCAUACACAAUUUUUAAAAGUCAACAAAGAAUAUGCAUUAAAAUUUAUUUUUGAAAUGCAAUUCCGGUUACAAAAAUAUUUAAAAUGCUACACAAAGUCUUUAAGAGACAGCUGUUUAUCAAGAACAAGGCUAUAUGAAUAUUUCAUAAUGUUAAAUGAAGGUACAAUGUAAUAUAUUGAUUACAAUAGAUAUACAACCUUAAAAAAACAAAUCAAAAGAAAAACAUAUUCAUGAUUAAAAACAUCAUUUUUAUAACAGGAAAAAUCACAUUUACCUGUAUAUAAUUAAUAUACAGUUUUUGGUGCAUAUCUAUUGGCAUGCAGAAUUUUUUUCUUUUACAGAAAUGAUAUUUUAAAGCAACUUCAACUUAUUUACUGAUAUUUUUCCUUUGAUUUGGUUACUUUUAGCUUUAUGUCAGUGGUAUAAUUUAAUAAAGAUAAAUGCAGAUAAAUAAUUUGGUAUUUAGAACCAGGUAAAAUUUUGAAUAUUUUUGAAAAUAAUAUAAAUAUGAUAAAGUUUUAUAUCAUUUAAUAAUUUUCAUUACAUCAGUAUGCAUACUUUCAUUUGAUUGUGAUUUGAAUUUUUGUGGUGCAAUUUUUUUCUUAACAAAUUUCCUAAUAAGAAUAAAAUAAUAUGAACAGGAAUGUAAAUAUAUUUUUGCUAGUCAUAUUAAAAAUUGUUUGAAAUUAUUUUGCAUAUGUUAUGUAUAAAAAGUAUCAAAACAACUAUUUGCCAUUUUCUUUUUCUAGUCAUGUCAUUGAAAUUUUGUAUUUCCAUUAAUACAGAAAGCUGUUAUAUUGCACUGUUAUAUAUAAUUAAAAAUAAAAUUAAUGGACACAAAAAAAGGAUAUGCUUUAACUUGAACAAUACCUUAAUAUCCACUGUCUGUUCUGAAAGUGAAUAGAAUAAUAAUUUUUGUGCACUUUAUUUGUAAUAUUUUAUUUAUUUAAUUCAAAUUUUUAUUCUUUUACUAAUUUGUGUUGUUUAAGCAAUGCCUUGUGUUAUAGGAAAUUCAAUCAAAUAAAAUAAUGGUAAUUUUUAAUGCCAAUUGUAAGAAUUGCAAAAAUGUGAUUUGCAUAAUCAUUUUUUUCAUCAUUACUUAGUUAAAAUUUUAAUAUUUUAUGACUUAUCUUUUUGCUAAUAAUUGUUAACGAAAUGUUUUGGCUAAGUUAUUAAAGAAAGCAUUUUGACACAAAUUUUUAUUUAUAGUUUGUCUGGUUUGACAAAGCACAAUAUUUUUUAUAAAAUAUUUCAAUGCAUUUAUAAAAAUAUC